GAGUCACUCCCCUGCACUACUUUUAAUAGCUUUGUCAUGUGAUGGAAAGCAGUUGUAAGACAGGUGCCCUCGGUUCAUUCUCGGCGAGGGGCAGCAGUUGCCUGUGAGUGGGAGAGCGAGUGGGAAGCGUGUGUGGAUAUUUCUUUUUUUUACUUGAUUUCUUUCUUUUUUUUUUUUUUCCUCCUCCUUUUUCCUUUAUUUCUUUUUUUUUUUUUUGGUGCGGACCGUCAUUCAGUGUCUGGAUGGCGUGGGACAGGUGUAACCAGGACUCGGUGUGGAGAGAAUUAGAGGUGAGCGCACUUCUUCUUUUCAUCUGUUUCUAGCCCUCUGGACUUUUCUUUUUUUUUUUAUCCACCUCUCUAACUGGACACGUUGGACAACACACUGACUAUCCGAGACAGACAGUGGUUUUUCCACUCUCUCUCUCUUUCUCGUCUGCUCUGCUGCUGCUGCUGCUGCUGCUGGCGGUGGUGUAGUGCGCGUCUGGACGCAGUUUGAGGAUGCGGAGGGACAUACAGUACAACACGGGAAUACAUGACAAGUGGAGGGAAUAUGCGGAGUCUCUCUUUUCACCUCAGUUAAAGAUGUAGUUUGUUGUAACGCGUGCACAAGACCAUCGCUCUCCUCUCGUAGGAUCUCUCUCUCAGACGGAGCUUGCGGAUAUCUGUCCUCCUGCAGCCGCGGACUGUAGACGCGCUCCGUGCGCCAGAGAGGAGGGGUGCUUUCAUGCCGAAAUGACUGAAAUGUCUCAAAGUCAGUGUGCUGCCUUGGUUGGCGAAGACCAGCCCCUCUGCCCAGAUCUCCCUGAACUGGACCUCUCAGAGCUGGAUGUCAGUGACUUAGAUGCAGACAGCUUCCUGGGCGGCCUCAAAUGGUACAGCGACCAAUCGGAGAUUAUUUCCACCCAGUAUGGCAACGAUGCGUCCAAUCUUUUUGAGAAGAUAGAUGAAGAAAAUGAGGCCAACUUGCUGGCAGUGCUUACAGAGACCCUGGACAGCAUCCCGGUGGAUGAGGACGGAUUGCCUUCGUUUGAGGCCCUGGCAGAUGGGGACGUGACCAAUGCCAGUGACCGGAGCUGUCCCUCCUCCCCCGACGGCUCGCCGCGCACCCCAGAGCCCGAGGAGCCUUCACUGCUGAAGAAGCUCCUUCUGGCACCCGCAAACUCCCAGCUCAGCUAUAAUCAAUACACAGGUGGCAAGGCACAGAACCAUGCAGCCAGCAUCAACCACCGGAUCAGACCACCACCUGCCGUCGUCAAGACGGAGAGCCCCUGGAAUGGCAAAGCAAGAGGGGGCUCCAGCCAACAGAACCGCCCGGUGAGGCGGCCUUGCACUGAGCUGCUGAAAUACCUAACAGCCACCGAUGACAUCCUGCUCCACACCAAAGCCAGUGAAGCCAAAGGCACCUGGGGGGGUGCCAGUAGCAGAGACAAGAGUGGCCUGGGUCUCGGUGCCUCUUCCUCUUCCUCCUCGCCGUCCUCGUCGUCCACCUCCUCGUUCUCCUCCCUCUCCUCCACAUCUUCCUCCUCUUCUUCCAACGCCUCCAAGAAGAAGUCAGCCGUGCCAUCUCAACAACAACAACAACAGCAGCAACAGCAGCAACAGCAGCAACAGCAGCAACAGCAACAGCAACAGCAACAGCAGCAGCAACAGCAGCAGCAGCAGCAGCCGCCGCAGCAGCAUCACCAGCGAGGUGAGAGCCGGGCUGCAGGCGAGUGUAGUGUGGCUGGUGUUGGGGCUGGGAAGUGGCAGCGUUGCACUCACGAUGACGCGGUUGAGGAGUCAGAGGGUGCUUCUAUCCCUGCCGGCCACAGAACCUCCACCUGCGGCCAUGCCCGCCCCAAACUGGAGCACGGGCCGCCCAGUGAAGAAGGAAGGCCGCCAGGCGAUGCGGGCCGCCUGGCCGCCGCUAGGUUUAUUAGGUAUAUGCAUUCUUAUUCCCUCCCUCCCCGAGAGGUGAGUCACAGCUGUGAGCAUUGCCGAGAGGCUGCGGGCGCCACUCAGGCUAGUGAGGGCUUUGGCAGGCAAGGCCGUAGAAACAGUAAAGGUGCCAGCCGCGCACCAAAUAGGCACAUCACGGUAACUAUUAGGAAAAGAGACGAGAAGCCGGGGCACCCCUUACUUAGCCAGCUGCUCACCUCCAAACAGAGGCCUGCUCGGUAUCGAGCCCACCUACUCCCACCUAAGAUCACCCCCAGCAUUCAGAACAAAUCGGCAGGUAAGAGGUCUGAGAGCCCAGCGAAGGCUCCCUCAAAGGUGGAGGAGGAAGAGUUGGGAGGGACCCCUGAUUGUAGAAAGCGGGGAGUAAGUCAGCUUAAAGAGCCUGACUCGGGGUCCCUGUUGUCACCUCUGGCCUUUGACCUAGAGAGCUGGGUUAACCAGCCAGACUCGGGGCUAGACCUGGGCUUUGGACUAGAGCUCGGGUGGCUAAGCCAGGGGCUCUAUGGGGAGGAUGUUGACCAUGACGAUGAUGAUGCUGGUGUUGAUGAUGAUGAUGAUGACCAUGUCACAAGCAGCGCCGCUGCGGUGCUCUCGCAGGGUCCACUCUUCCCAGAUACUAGAUUUGCAGAGCCCGCCCCUCCCCGCAUCACACAAGGGCAAGGGCACCCACACAGGCAGGCACUCAGCGAGCACCCCGACGACCAGGGCCUCCCGUUGUUAGCCAAACCAACCACCUUGCCACUUCCUUUGACCCCAGAGUCUCCAAAUGACCACAAGGGAUCACCGUUUGAGAACAAAACCAUUGAACGCACAUUAAGUGUGGAGAUUGCUGGAACCCCAGGUCUGACACCACCUACCACGCCCCCACACAAAGCCAGUCAAGAGAAUCCUUUCAAAGCAUCGCUCAAAACCAAGUUGUCUUCAUGUUCCUCAUCGGCCUUGGCAUGCAAAAGAGCCAGGCUGAGCGAGUCGGGCCCCGGCGCUCUGGCCCCGGCCCCAGUCGCCUCAGGCGGGGGCCCCACCAGGAAGGGUCCCGAACAGACUGAGCUCUAUGCCCAGCUGAGCAAAGCGUCCACCGCCCUACCUUACUCGGUCACCACGGGGGGCGGCCUUGAGGAGCAUCGCAGCACUAGCAACAAUAAGCGGGCGGCGCCCCGCGGCUACAGUGACCAUGACUAUUGCCAAGCGUCGGCUAGCGCUAAGAAGGACGGCGGCAACACAGCCACCGUUACCGUGACUACAGCGGCGGCGGAAAUGACGCUCACAUCAGGUGCCACCGCUGCUCCCGCGCCUACUACUGCGGGCAAAGUGGAGGACAGGCAUGUCGAAUGUAAGGACUCAGCCAUGCCGUCAUCCUCAUUAUCAUCUUCAUCUUCUUGUUCUCCAUCAUCAGCUUCAUGUGGUCUUUUGGCUAAGCAUCAAAACGUUGUGAAUGGAGAAGCAGCCCGGGUCCAGGAGUUAGGGAAGCAGACCCUUACACAGAUCUCCUCACAAGAGGCCACUACUGACUGGGACCAACUCCACUCUUCUGCCAUCAGCCGGAAGCUCCUGUGUGACCAGGAAAUCAGAGCAGAACUCAACAAGCACUUUGGCCACCCCUUACAAGCCCUUUAUACAAAGGGUGGCAAGGAGAGAGAAGCAGGCAGCAAACCAAGUAAGGCUGCAGCCCCGAAGUCCCUCGAGGAGGGAGAGAGGCCGCCUGGCUCCAGCUACCUGCACCCAGGCUUCCUCCCCUUCCAGGACGAGCUGGAGCUGGGCGAGGGCCGCGAGAGUCGCUUCCUCUAUCCGUGGGAGGGAACCCCUCUGGACCUUCUCUUCGACUGCCCCCCCUGCUCUCCCUCGUGUUCCCCGCCAUCCAGCUGCUCCCCUUCACGAGGCUCCGUCUCCCCACCGUCCUCCCUCCUCCUCUCGCCCAGCAGGCCUUUCUGCUGGACCAGCAGCGGAUCCCGCUCCCGUUCUCGCUCCCAAUCCGACUCCCGCAGCUCCUCCUCGCACUACCGGAGGCGCUCCCUCUCCAGUUCACCUGACAGACGCCCCACCUCCUGGUCUCGUCACGUCACAGAUCCAAGCACCCUUCGUUCCAGGACUCACAAGAGCCCCCACCAUCAGUCUCGAUCUCCUCUCAGCCGCAGGCCAAGGUAUGACAGCUACGAGGACUACCAGCACGAGAGGCUGAAGAGGGAGGAGUACCAGCGGGACUACGAGAAGCGGGAGUUCGAACGGGCCGAGCAGAGAGAGAGGCAAAAGCAAAAAGCAAUAGAGGAGAGACGGGUGGUGUACGUGGGGCGACUGAGGUCCGACUGCACCCGGACAGAGUUGAAGCGCCGCUUUGAAGUCUUUGGCGAGAUUGAAGAAUGUGCGGUGAACCUGAGGGACGAUGGGGACAAUUUUGGCUUCAUCACGUACCGCUACACUUGUGACGCCUUUGCCGCCCUUGAGAACGGACACACCUUACGCAGGUCAAACGAGCCCCAGUUCGAGCUGUGCUUCGGCGGACAAAAGCAGUUCUGCAAAUCGCAUUACACAGACUUGGACUCCCACUCGGACGACUUUGAUCCAGCCUCCACAAAAAGCAAGUAUGACUCCAUGGAUUUUGACAGUUUGCUGAGGGAGGCCCAGCGCAGCCUGAGAAGGUAACCGGUUCAGUGGCACCUGCCGUCUGUCACAAAGAGGGACUUCUGAUACCUCACUGUUGUUUCUCGCUCCUUUGCCGACGAGACUACCAGAAGUUUUACACUCUAUGUUAUAGAGUAUAUAAAGAAUAAGUCUAUAGACCUAUAUCAAUAUAAAUGAAUAUAUCAAAAAUAAAGUUUACAUGAACAUAGCUGCUGAAGAAGCUGGGAAGAGACGUUGCAUUCUGGGAAAGCCAGUGAACCCUCAUAACCUGGUGCACUCUACUGCUGUACAACCAUCAGUGAAAGAAGAAGAAAAAAAAAACUUUCAUGAUUUUUUUUUUUCUCCAAGCACUACAAAGCCCACAAUUCUUUGGGGGUGAAAACAUGCAGCUUGUUCGGCCAGAUUUGUUUUCUUUUGCUGUUGAUUUUUAUUCUUUCUUUUGAAUCUGGUGUUUGGAUCUAGUGUUACAAACAAAAGUAUAGGGAAUUGUAUCUUGGAGGUAAAAUUCUCAAGGUAACAUUGUUGUCUACAUUUUAAGGAGAAAUGUAGCCGUGUAUUUACAAAUACUAUAAAAAGGAAUAUUUUUUAUUUUAUGUACAUAUCGGAUAAAGUUCUUUAUUUGUUACAGCUAUGCACUGUAAAACGCAGCCUUUUUUAAAGAUGAGGAGACAAUUUCUUAAUUCAGAAUGUCGAUCUGUAGUAAUUACAAUACUGUAAAACAUAUUGUACACCUACAUGAUGUUUAGAAGACAUGCUAUGAUUGUAAAAAAAGAAAAAAAGAUGUGUCCGACUGCUCAUUUUGAGGGAGCAUGUGAACAAACGUCCUUUUUUAAGUUAUUUUGUUGGGGAAAAAAACAGUCAACCAUGUAUAGUUUUCUCUGUUUAUAACGUUUCUCAAUCAGUGUUUUUGCUUAUACAACCAGUGUAAAAUGCAUUUUUAACGUGUUUUUCAUGAUUGUAAAAAAAAGGUACCCCAUUUUUUUAUUAAUUAUUUCUGAAGCAAUCAAUAUAUACAGUAUAUAUAUACAUAUAUGUACAGUAUAUAUGCAAUUUGAUUUCAUUGCUUUGUACGGUUCUCCUUUUGAUUACCUUCAGUGAAAGACGAGCAUUCAAAUCUUUUCAAUCACAUAUUUAUCUAUUUAUUUUAAUAUUUGAAUCAAGACUAUUUAUGGGCUCCAUUAUGACAUGGCGUACCUCACGGGAUUUAUUUCCUGUUUAUGUUGUCCUUUCGAUUUGUGUUAUUUAACUUCCAAUCACUAGACAGGGUGUACAAUAAACGCUUUGGUGGGGAUAAUAUUACCUUCUAUGCCUUUCCAAAACAAUCAAAAACAUUCAGUGAAUCACUCCAGCAGUCAGCCCCCUCAUGGUUUUUAGUGAUUUCAUUCUGUCUCCACUAUCAGUCCCAUCUGCAGCACGUCGCUGGGUUUUUCUUUCCACACACACACACACACAUACACACAAACACCAGAACAUGAAGCAAUAAAAUGAUUUAGCAGGAAUUUUUGUUGUACCACUGUAAACACUUUGUUGUCAUCGCUCCACUCACGCUUGAUUAUGUGAAUGCCAAACAAAAGUUUACAAUUUCCUUUUCCUGAAUUUUUUAAAGAUCUUGUAUUUGAUGUACAAUAUAUAUAUAUAUACAUAUAUAUAUAUAUAUGUAUGUGUAUAUAUAUACAAAAUGAUGAUACUACUAAUAUUUACAAUAAUUACGAGAUGAUUAAUAAUAAUAAUGAUAAUAAUAUAAAUGAAAGAAAAAACUAUAUAAAAAGCAAUAAAUUAUUUUUCAGAGUUGUAUUUUAGCUCCUAUUGUUGUGUGAUUUUUGGACUUGACCCAUUACCCAGCCGCUGGUUAGCUAGGAUGACUCCAUUCCAGUAUCUUGGCAUUUCAUCGCCGUGACAUAUUACCCCGUGCGGUAAACACUUGAAUGUCCCCCCCGCCUCCCGCCUCCCGCUCUUCCCUUUAAGAUGUAAUUGAGUCUCUGUGAUUGUAAUGCACGCAUUACCUUGUGACAUCUGUGCAAAACGUGACUGACUCUUAACUCCGCCCUGUGCGUGCGUGUGUGUACGGCGUGCGUGUGUGUGUGUAAAAAACGUGUCGAGUUGUUUGUUGUGUAGUGCAUGGCUAUUACAGGAUGACAGUCGGUACGGUAUAUAUACCACUUUGGAUAUCUGCCUCUCAUCUGUCUUAACUGGCAGAUUUUAAAUGACAUUCUAUAAGCCUAGAGAAAACUACUCAACGAUGUAUCGCAUGCCGCACCACCGGCCCCCCUUCCACCCGCCCCGCCCUCACUCACAGUCCAGAUAUCACAGCGCCGUCGAAACAUGACAUAAAAGGUAACCUUGCGGUUUCUGGUUCAAUUAAUAUCCCGUUUCUAGCCUGAGCCAAGUAAUGAGAGAAGCAGGUUCCAUCACAGGAAGGAGAGAAAGCUUUGCUGAUCACAGGCGUCCCUUCAUGGAGUUUGACUGUGGAGACAAGAAACGGCUCGGUUUUAUGAUGCAAAGAGGCAAAAAUUGGUCGAGGGAUGGAUUUAAAAAAAAAAACUAAAAAAAACCCUUACCUGUGUUUUAAGGCAUUGUUUUACUUUCUUGCUGUCUGUAUCGCGUUUGGGUAAUGGUGUCGUGUCCCAUUUGAUAGAUGUGGCUUUAAUCAUUGUAAUAAAAAAAUGCUUUGUAAAUUGCCUAGAGUAGCAAUAUAUUAUAACACCUUAUGGUUCAAAUUUCAAAUGUGGCGGACUUUUUAAUAAUGUGACCUGCUGAGGACUUUGCCACUGCUUAAACGUUUGUUGGGUAAUUUUUUUUGGAAGGACAAUAUGUGUACGAGUGUGUGAAUGUGUGAUUUUAGGCAGGUAUGUGAGUGUGUGUGUGUGUUUGGGGUGGGGGAGGGGGUCGCUAUGGGAUGUUACCUGUUUGUGUCCUAUCCACGUUGCCUUCUGCCAAGUCCUUACCAAUGCCUUUGUGGUUCUACCUAUUGUACGACUUUCUUGUGAAUUUCAUUUUUUAUGUGCAAUUCUCAUCAGCCUCACCAUGCCAAUAAAGGGAAAUGUGUUUGAAAAAAAAAAAAAAA